AUGUCCCGUGCUACAUCCCCUACCCCGGUGGACAGUACCCUCGGCUCUGGUCGGUCGACUCCUCUCUCAAAGAUGGCGGACUCAGGCUAUGAUUCUGGGACGAGCAGUGAGAUAGAUCUACCUGAGGUGUACUUCACCAAGCCACACCUUCAAUUCAUCAACCGCCAACUCCAGAAUCUUGAGCCUCAGGACAUCCUACGAUGGUGUGUCACCACUCUGCCAAACCUCUUCCAAACCACGGCAUUUGGCCUAUCAGGACUUGUGACACUCGACAUGCUCUCCAAGAUGGACAUCCCACGACCACAGAUGGUUGACAUGGUCUUCAUCGAUACGCUGCACCAUUUCUCCGAGACUCUGGCCCUCAUUGACCGGAUAAGAGAGCAAUAUCCCAACAACAAUGUCCACGUCUACAAACCUGAUGGGGCUGAGACUGAGCAAGAAUUUGCUUCGAGGUAUGGUGAGCGGCUGUGGGAGACCGAUGGCGAGAGAUACGACUUUCUUGUCAAGGUCGAACCCGCCCAGAGAGCCAAUCGCCAGCUUGGCGUGCAAGCACUCCUCACUGGUCGUCGACGAAGCCAAGGAGGGAAGCGUGGCGACCUACCUAUCAUUGAGAUAGAGGACGAUGGCAUGAUCAAGGUCAACCCGCUCGCCAAUUGGUCGUUCAAGCAAGUGCAGGAGUAUAUCAAGGCCAACAAUGUUCCAUACAACACUUUGCUCGACCAGGGUUACAAGAGUGUUGGCGACUAUCACUCAACACAGCCUGUUGCUGAAGGUGAGGACGAGCGUGCUGGCCGAUGGAAGGGUCAAGAGAAGACCGAAUGCGGUCUUCACAAUCCCAAGUCUAAGUACGCCCAGUUCCUGAUGGAGCAAGAGAAGAAGCGCGAACGUGAAGCUUUAGAAGAAGCAUUAAAGCGUGUCAAUCUUGAGGCGUGA